CUCGCUACAUUUGGCGUCGCGGUUGCAGUCCUGCAGUCUACGUGCGGAUGGUGGUCCUGGGGAGAUUAAGAUUGCCGUGUAAUAGCUUUUACUUAGACAACUGAGAAAUAGCAGUCUUACGCCUUAUAGACGUUAAUCGUAAGGAGCCGGAUUCGCAGCAAUGCGGUCGGGUGCUGGGGUAGUGAAAGGUUAAACUCGGACGCGCUGCACUCAAACUACAGCCGCAGACAGGAGGUCCCGCGACGAUCGGCGGAUGUGUGCAGAGAACGGACAUAUAAACACGCGCACCUUCACGGUGCAAACUUGGUCCGCUGCGCUCGCGCGGACACGCGUGAUUGUCGAGCUGGCGCGAGCCCACGUUCCCGGACCCUCCGACCUGCUGGGACAGUUUUCCGACUAUUUCUCAAUUUUCUUUCUUUCCUCCCCAUAUUUACUUCGAAUCGUGUUUUCACCGGCUGCAUAACUGCAUCUCGUAUUUAUCUAUUGCUGAUGGGGCUGCGCGAUUAGAUACAGGACAGGAACGUACUGGCAUCGGACUGGAAAUAACUCAUAAUAAGGAACUUAGGUAUCUGGAUAUUCUGAAAAUAUGAAAGCUGUUUUUUUAACAUAUAUAAUCGAAGCCGAGUAUUUUAAGUACAAACGCGCGUCCGAGUGCCUGCUUGCCCCCAGCCUGCACCAAGCUCCAUGUCUCAGGCUCUGAGCUCAUCUCUAACCCCCAUUCGCGUAACCAGUCGUCCUUUGGGUCCGUGUUCCAUUUGAGUCGUCUGCUGCCGCCCAGAUGUCAUCAUGCCUAUCAUCAGCAACACCAACCACGAUUUCAGCAACCUCUCGAUCAGCGAUGAGAGCAGCCUGGAUCACAUGUUUACCGAGAUCCCGGAGACUGAGACGGUCAAGGGUGUCUACUACAAGCGUGCCCAGCUGAUCCGUCGACCAGAGGACCUAAGUGGGGUGGACCAUGGACUGCUGGCCAUCAUCAAUGUGGGGGGCAACCGCUACACUUUCCCCUGGAGCACACUGGAAGAGUUCCCCCUGACGCGGUUGGGCCGUCUUCGUCUCUGCAGUAGCUUGGAGGAGAUCACACAAGUGUGCGACGACUACGAUGAGGUGGCCCGUGAGUACUUCUUCGACCGGAGCCCUUCGGCUUUCCGCGUGAUCCUCAACUUCCUCGCCGCCGGGAAGCUACGCAUGCUGCGCGAGAUGUGCGCGUUGUCGUUACACGACGAGUUCGACUACUGGGGCGUGGAGAUGGCCUACAUGGAGCACUGCUGCAAGCGCAAAAUGUACACGCGCAUCGAGGAGCUGGCGGAGCACGAGCGGCGGGAGGAAGAGCGGCGACAGCAGGGUGCGCAGGUGCGCCCCCCGGUGGAUGACACGCGGUACCGCAGGUUCAUGAACGGACUCAGGGACAUGGUGGAGAAUCCACAGUCAGGGUUGCCGGGGAAAAUAUUCGCCUGCCUGUCGGUCAUCAUGGUUGCCGUGACGGUUGUGAGCCUCUGCAUCAGCACCAUGCCUGACCUCAGGGAGGAAGAAGGCAGGGGCGAAUGUUCUCAGAAGUGCUACCACAUGUUCAUCAUCGAGACCGCCUGCGUGGCGUGGUUCUCCCUGGAGUUCCUGCUGCGGUUCGUCCAGGCGCGAAGCAAGCUGGAAUUCAUCCGCGGGCCUCUCAACAUCAUCGACGCCAUGGCCAUCCUGCCCUAUUACGUGUCCCUGGUGGUGGAGGAGGACUCCCCGUUGGACGCGGAGCGGGCCAGUGGGGGGCGGGGCUACCUGGACAAGCUGGGAUUGGUUCUGCGCAUCCUGCGGGCGCUGCGCAUCCUGUACGUGAUGCGGCUGGCGCGCCACUCACUGGGCCUGCAGACGCUGGGGCUGACCAUGCGGAGGAGCAUCCGGGAGUUCGGCCUGCUGCUGCUCUUUCUCGCCGUAGCCGUCACACUGUUCUCACCUCUGGUGCACCUGGCCGAGAGCGAGAUCACCGGCACGCAGGACUUCAGCAGCAUCCCCGCCUCCUACUGGUGGGCGAUCAUCUCCAUGACCACAGUGGGCUAUGGGGACAUGGUGCCCCACAGCAUCCCUGGCCAGGUGGUGGCCAUGAGCAGCAUCCUCAGCGGCAUCCUCAUCAUGGCCUUUCCGGCCACCUCCAUCUUCCACAUGUUCUCACGCUCCUACCAGGAGCUCAAGCUGGAGCAGAAGCGGCAGAUGAAGGAGGAGACGGUUUCCUCGGGCACUGCUGCCGUUUUGAACGAGGAUGUGGAUGGAUCUAGAAGCCAUCUCCUAUCCCCUGCCCAACCACUCUUCCACGAUGCAGAUGCGGCCUUUUCCCAGGACUGCCUACCGCUAGUAGAGAAUGGGCAUGAGGCCACAGGGAAAAAUCACCUCUGUCUCCCUCCUAGAGCAUUAUGAACCUUCAAAAAUGUUGCACCGACUGCAGGGCAUCUUCUCUUCUGAUCCCUAGAGCAAUGUGCUGGGCAGAGGACAUCAGGACAGCCGCUGUUCCAGAUCAUUUUGAUCUCAUUCCAAAAGCGGAAUUGCUUCCUUCUUCAAACUAGGCAGUUAUACAGACUUGAGGUUUAUAAAGAACCCUGAACAAAUCCUGGAGGAUUUCACCCCUCUCAGCAUUCCUCUGGUUUCUGCUAACACAUAACAGGUUAAUUUUAGCUGUUUUGCAUUUGUAUUUUAGCUUAAAAUGCCAGAAAGAUGGUGGGUAAUCCUUUCAUCCUGAACCCGGCUAUUCAACAGUAUUUCUAAAGACUCCACUGGGAGAGAUGUGACUGACUGAAACUCCACAGUAAACAUAAAUAAAUAUAAGCCCCCCAAACGACCUGUGCAGUAACUUUCUUUUCAAAGAAGCAUAGCAGCGUUCUUUGGAAUGCGCUUUCAGCGACCAUUUCUCCCAGUCUAGACACAGGCAAUGUGAGCGAGGUAAAUGGUGCCGCUAACCGCCAAGACAAAGGUAUGCAUCAAAAAAAUCACCCCAAAACAGGAGCACACUGUUUACCUGGCAGUUAGCAGUGUGCACUCAUAAUUCAUAAGUGGGAAUGGAGCACGCACUCUCUCACUGGCACUGAAAUACAGUGCAUUUUUCCAGACGAUCAGUCAUGAUCAGUUUCAGGAUCAUAAACAUUCCCUCUCUUUUAUCCCCAGAAGUCCUGGUCACAAGCCUUGUUGCAGUGUGAUGUUCAUUAUAUGGGACCCAGUGCACACGGAAUGUAGUAAAUGCUGAGAUGUUGCUGGUGAAAUGGCUUUAACACACUGUGAUUACUGACCUUUGCUUGGUCUGACUGUGUUAACUUAGCACACCUUAUAUUAAAGAGGCAACGUGCAGUGUUGUUAGAUCCAGGUAUGAAAAGCUGGUGAAGCUGCUUAAAAUGUAUUUUAUUUACCUAAAAUGAAUUGGGUUCCAACUAAUAAUAAA